CAAUCUAUCUCCAAUAAUUGCAUUACUCACAUUCCUGGGCCAGCAGCCAACAGCAUCUGGGAGGAUUUGUCAGUCAAUAUAGAAACUGGGAACUGUGUGCUAGGAUAGCUUCUGUAUAGGGUUAUAUCAAAUCUGGAAAAAAGUGAGUGUUCACCAUGACCGAGGUUCAGCCUCGAGAGAUCAAGAUCCUCGAGACUGCUGAGGACAUUCAGCAGCGCAGAGAGGAGGUGCUUGGUAGAUACUCGGCCUUCAAACAGGCCAUCGCUGACAGACGCAACAAACUUGAAGACUCCAGACGGUACCAGUAUUUCAAGCGCGAUGCAGAUGAGCUGGAGAGCUGGAUUCUGGAGAAAUUGCAGACAGCCUCAGAUGAGAGCUACAAAGACCCAACUAACCUGCAGGCAAAGAUCCAGAAGCACCAGGCUUUCGAGGCAGAGGUGGCCGCCCACGCUAACGCAAUCGUUACCCUUGACAACAUUGGAACGGAGAUGAUAGACCAGGGACACUUUGCUUCUGAAACCAUCAAGGAGAGACUUGACGAGCUGCACAGACUCUGGGAGCUGCUGCUCUCCAAGCUCAAGGACAAGGGACUCAAGCUGCAGCAGGCUCUCAAGCUGGUACAGUUCAUGAGGGAGUGCAACGAGGUCAUGUUCUGGAUACACGACAAGGAAGCGUUUGUGACCUCAGAGGAAUUUGGUCAGGACCUGGAACAUGUGGAAGUGCUGCAGAAGAAGUUUGAUGAGUUCCAAAAAGAUCUGCAGAACCAUGAAGAUAAGGUGACGGAGGUGAACACGCUGUCCCAGCAGCUGCUGGAGGACGGCCACCCAGACGAGGACACGAUCAACCAGAAACGUGACGAGGUUAACGAGGCCUGGGCCCGCCUCAAACAGCUCUCACUGCUCAGACAGGAGAGGCUCUUCGGGGCUCACGAGAUACAGAGGUUCAACAGAGAUGCUGACGAGACGAUUGCCUGGAUCAUGGAGAAGGACGCCAUCUUGUCUACAGACGACUACGGGAGAGACCUCGCCAGUGUGCAGGCAUUGAGGCGUAAACAUGAGGGAGUUGAGAGGGACCUGGCGGCUCUCAAUGAGAAGGUUUCCCAGCUGGGUGCGGAGUCCAAGCGUCUCCAGGACAUCCACCCGGACCACGAGGACGCCAUCAAUGCCAAGCAGACAGAGAUAGAGGACAACUGGAUGCAACUCAAGGAGAAGGGUGCGGAGAGGAAGGCGCGCCUGGACGACUCGUACAACCUGCACCGGUUCCUGGCAGACUUUCGUGACCUCGUUUCCUGGAUACAUGACAUGAAGGCCAUCAUCUCUGCAGACGACCUCGCCAAGGACGUGGCGGGGGCUGAGGCCCUGCUGGAGAGGCACCAGGAACACAAGGGUGAGAUAGAUGCCCGAGAAGACAGCUACAAGUCAACCAUGGAGGCAGGCAAGAGACUGGUGGAGACCAACCACUACGCAGCAGAAGAGGUCAAGGAAAAGCUGCACACCCUGUCCUCUGAGAAGUCAAGCCUGCAUGAGCUGUGGGAGGAGAGGAGGAUCCUGUAUGAGCAGUGUAUGGACCUGCAGCUCUUCCUGAGGGACACAGAGCAGGCCGACGCCUGGAUGACCAAACAGGAGGCGUUCCUGGCCAAUGAGGACCUGGGUGACUCUCUGGACUCUGUGGAGGCGUUGUUCAAGAAGCACGAUGACUUUGAGAUGUCCCUGGCGGCCCAGGAGGAGAAGAUCAAGGCGCUGGACGAGUUUGCAACGAAACUCAUCGAGAACGAGCACUACGCUGCUGAUGAUGUGGCCGCCAGACGGGACCAGUUGUUGAGACGCAGGGACAGCCUGUACGAUGCGUCCCAGCUGCGGCGCCACCUGCUGGAGGAGUCAUACAAGUUCCAGACGUUCCAGCGUGACUGUGACGAGACCAAGAGCUGGAUCAACGAGAAACUCAAGACUGCAUCCGACGCCAACUACCUGGACCCAACCAACCUACAGACAAAGGUUCAAAAGCACCAGAAUUUCGAAGCCGAGGUUGAGGCUAACAAAGGUCGCAUUGGGGCCAUACAGACCUCUGGGGAGCAACUUCUGAAAGAGGAACACUACGCCUCUGAAACAAUCAGAGAGCGUAUGGAGGAGAUACUGGAGCUGUGGGCGUCCCUACAGAAGGCCACAGAGUUCAAGGGCAACAAGCUGCGAGAGGCCAGUCAGCAGCAGCAGUUCAACAGGAGUGUGGAGGAUGUGGAGUCCUGGCUGGGAGACGUGGAGGGACAACUCAUGUCUGAGGACUAUGGCAAGCUUCUGAGACGUCAAGACCUGACCAGUGUACAGAAUCUACAGAAGAAACAUGCCCUCCUGGAGGCAGAUGUGGCUGCACACCAGGACCGUAUUGAGAACAUAGCAGUGCAGGCCAAAUCUUUCGUGGAGUCUGGCCAUUUCGACUCAGACAACAUCAAGGCUAAGCAGACCCAACUCCACAACAGAUACAAGGCCCUCAAGGAUCCUAUGGUAGCCCGCCACCAGAAACUUGAAGACGCCCUGAAGCUGCAGCAGUUCCUGAGAGACGUGGAAGACGAGGAAGACUGGAUACGAGAGAAGGAGCCCAUAGCAGCCUCUACUAACAGAGGUCGAGACCUGAUUGGCGUUCAGAACCUGAUGAAGAAGCACCAGGCCCUUCAGGCCGAGCUUGCCGGCCACGAGCCUCGCAUCAACAACGUCAGCCAGCAGGGGACAGCAAUGAUCAAGGAGGGACACUUCGCUGCAGACGAGAUACAGGGAAAGAUCUCCGAACUGGAGGACCGAUGGCAAACUCUCAAGGACAAGGCCGGUCAGCGCAAGCAGGACUUAGAGGACUCCCUACAGGCCCAGCAGUACUUUGCAGAUGCUAACGAGGCUGAGUCAUGGAUGCGGGAGAAGGAGCCAAUAGCCUCGAACGCAGACUACGGGAAAGAUGAGGACUCCGCUGAGGCUUUACUGAAAAAACACGACGCGUUCAUGUCUGACCUUGAGGCCUACAGGACUGUGAUAGAGGGGCUCCAUGAACAGGCGCAGGCCUGCAAGCAACAAGAAGCGCCGGUUAUAGACGACCUUGGCACGGAGAAGGUGAUGGCCCUGUAUGACUACUUGGAGAAGUCUCCCCGUGAGACUUCCAUCAAGAAGGGAGACGUUCUCACUCUCCUUAACAGCACCAACAAGGACUGGUGGAAGGUGGAGGUGAACGACCGUCAGGGGUUCGUUCCCGCGGCCUACGUGAAGAAGCUGGACCCGAGCCUGUCUGCAAGCAGGAACAACCUGAUGGAUGAGUUCACCAUCUCAGUCAGGCAGAACCAGAUUGAGACUCAGUAUGCCAACCUGUUGGACCUGGGCAACCAGCGCCGUGAAAAGAUCCAGGAGUCGUGCAAGGCGUACCAGCUGGUGCGUGAGGCAGCGGAGCUGGCGGCCUGGAUCACGGAGAAGGAGGGCAUUAUGGUGGGGGAGGACGUGGGAGAUGACCUGGAGCAGGUCGAGGAGAUGCAGAAGAAGUUCCACGACUUCCAGAAGGACCUGAAGACCAACGAGGCCAGGCUGCAAGAAUUGAACAGCAUUGCUGACCGCCUAACAGCCAUGGGCAAGACAGAGGCUGCUGAGAAGAUCAGGGAACAAAUCAUUACACUGAACACUCGCUGGGCGACCUUACAGCAGGUGACUGCAGACCGCGCCCAGACCCUGGGCAGUGCCCACGAGGUGCAGCGCUUCCACCGCGAUGUGGACGAGACCAAGGACUGGAUCAACGAGAAGAACCAGGCUCUGAACAACGACAACUACGGGCAUGACCUGGCCAGCGUGCAGGCUCUACAGAGGAAACAUGAGGGCCUAGAGAGGGACCUGGCCGCACUCAACACCAAGGUGCGAGACUUGGAUGAGACUGCCAAGCGACUGAUGAUGACCCACCCUGACCAGGGGGAGCAGAUCUAUGAACACCAGACUGAGAUCCUGGAGAUGUGGAACGCUCUCACUGCUAAGGCCAACAACAGGAAGGCCAAGCUCCUGGACAGCUACGACCUACAGCGCUUCCUCAGCGACUACCGCGACCUCACAUCCUGGAUCAACAGCAUGAUGGCGCUGGUCUCGUCUGACGAGCUCGCCAGGGACGUCACCGGGGCCGAGGCUCUGCUGGAGAGACACCAGGAACACAAGACGGAGAUUGAUGCGCGCUCGGGCACGUUCCAGGCCUUUGAGACGUUUGGUCAGCAGCUGCUCCAGAACCAUCACUACGCCAGCGAGGAUGUGAGAGUCAGGCUAGAGGAACUGGCGCAGGCUAGAGAGGAACUUGAGCAGGCAUGGAUCCAGCGCCGUAUGAAGCUAGACCAGUGCCUGGAGCUGCAGCUGUUCUACCGUGACUGUGAGCAGGCUGAGUUCUGGAUGUCGUCCCGCGAGGCGUUCCUGUCUGGAGACCAGGUGGAUGGAGACAAUGUCGAGACUCUCAUCAAGAAACACGAGGACUUUGAUCGUGCCAUUGAUGGACAGCAAGAGAAGAUUCAGGCCCUCCAAGUGUUUGCAGACCAGCUGAUUGGUGGUGAACACUACGACGCUGAUGCCAUCGAGGAUAAACGUGACCAGGUCCUAGUUAGAUGGAAGAACCUGAAGGAUGCCCUGAUUGACAACCGGUCCAAGCUGGGAGAGGCCCAGACGCUGCAGCAGUUCUCUCGGGACGCUGACGAGAUGGAGAACUGGCUGCAGGAGAAGCUGCAGAUUGCCAGCGACGAGUCCUACAAGGACCCCACCAAUAUACAGAGCAAGCACCAGAAGCACCAAGGUUUCGCGGCUGAACUUGCGGCCAACGCUGACAGACUGAAGGCCCUGAUGGCCACUGGACAAGCCCUGAUAGACAAGCACAAGUGCGCAGGCUCAGAGCCGGCGGUGCAGGCGCGACUGAAGAGCCUGGCAGAGCAGUGGGAGACGCUGGUGGACAAGUCAGCAGAGAAGAGUGAGAAACUGAAAGAGGCCAGCAGGCAGCAGACGUACAACGCAGGGGUCAAGGACAUUGAGUUCUGGCUUGGAGAGGUUGAGCAGAUGCUGGCUAGUGAGGAGUACGGCAAGGACCUGGCCUCCGUACAGAACCUUGCAAAGAAGCACCAGCUCCUGGAGGCUGACAUAGCGGCCCACGAGGACCGCAUCAGGGACCUCAACCAGCAGGCUGACCAGUUCAUCGAGAGCGGCGUGUGGGACGCAGAGAGCAUCGAGGUCCGCAAGAGGACCAUCAACGAGAGAUACGAGAAGAUCAAGGAGCUUGCCAUCACGAGAAAGACUCGUCUCAAUGAGGCCAAUACCAUGCACCAGUUCCUGAGAGACAUUGAUGAUGAGGAGGCCUGGAUCAAGGAGAAAAAGCUGCUGGUUGGUUCAGAGGACUAUGGGAAGGACUUGACAGGUGUGCAAAAUCUUCGUAAGAAACACCGACGUCUUGAGGCUGAGCUGGCCAGCCACGAACCUGCCAUACAGGCGGUGCAGGAGACGGGAGCUAAGCUGAUCAGUGAGUCUGACAUCAACACGGCCGACAUACAGCACAGGCUGGAGCAGCUGGCCGAGAGCUGGGAGGAACUCAAGAACAUGGCCGAGAACAGAGGCCAGAUGCUGGAGGAGUCUCAUGCGUUUCAGCAGUUCUCAGCCAAUGUAGAUGAGGAGGAGGCGUGGAUAGCAGAGAAACAGAGGCUGUUGUCUGGUGGAGACCUCGGGGACACCAUGGCUGCAGUCCAGGGUCUGCUGAAGAAGCAUGAAGUAUUUGAGACGGACUUCCACGUGCACAGGGAUCGUUGUCAGGAGGUGCAGAAGGAGGGAGAGAAGCUCAUGCAUGAGGGCAAUCACAACCGUGAGAGCAUCGCCCAGCGUAUCAAGGGCCUGCAGGACAAGUUAUCUUCCCUUGAAGAGGCAGCUGCUCUCCGGAAGGCAGGGCUCAUAGACAACUCCGCCUUCCUGCAGUUCAUCUGGAAGACGGACGUGGUGGAGAGCUGGAUAGCUGACAAGGAGACGCAGGUCCGGUCUGACGAGUAUGGGCGAGACCUGUCCUCUGUACAGACACUGCUCACUAAACAGAUGAGACAAGCAGCUUCACUGACAGGGUACCUUAUGGUGAAGAAGGACACUUUCGAUGCCGGCCUUCAAGCUUUCGAGAAGGAGGGCAUACAGACCAUAACAAUCUUGAAGGACCAGCUUAUUGCUUCCAAGCAUGCCAAGACUGCGUCCAUUAAGAAGAGAUACGACGAUGUCAUGAGCAGAUGGAAAAAACUGUUGGACGACUCUGACCAGAGGAAGCAGACGUUGCUACGGUUACAGGACCAGUACCGCCAGAUUGAGGACCUCUACCUGGCUUUCGCUAAGAAGGCUUCGGCCUUCAACUCCUGGUUUGAGAACGCUGAGGAGGACUUGACUGACCCAGUGAGAUGUAACUCGGUAGAGGAAAUCAGGCAUCUGCGUGAGAACCACGAGCAGUUCAAGGCCUCUCUGGAGGCGGCCCAGGAUGACUUCAACCAGCUGGCGGCCCUUGACAAGGAGAUCAAGAGCUUCAACGUUGGCCCCAACCCAUACACCUGGUUCACCAUGGACGCACUGCAGGACACGUGGAACAACCUCCAGAAGAUCAUCAAGGAGCGUGAUGUGGACCUGCAGAAUGAGCAACAGAGGCAGGAGGAGAAUGAUCAGCUGAGGAAGCAGUUUGCACAGGCUGCCAACGCCUUCCAUGGCUGGCUUACGGACACCAGGAUGUGGCUGUUAGACGGAGGGUCGGCCAUGAUGGAAGGGUCUGGUACACUGGAAGAUCAGCUAGAGGCUACCAAGAAAAAGGCGGUGGAGGUACGCUCCCAGAAGGGUCAGCUGAAGAGAAUAGAGGACCUGGGGGCAGCCAUGGAGGAGAGACUCAUCCUGGACAACAGGUACACCGAACACAGCACAGUGGGUCUAGCCCAACAGUGGGACCAGCUAGACCAGCUGGGUAUGCGCAUGCAGCACAACCUUGACCAGCAGAUCCAGGCGCGCAACCGCAGUGGAGUGUCUGAGGACGCCCUUAGAGAGUUCUCCAUGAUGUUCAAGCACUUUGACAAGGACAAGUCUGGCAAGCUGGACCAUCAGGAGUUCAAGUCCUGUCUCCGCGCCCUUGGAUACGACCUGCCCGUUGUGGAGGAGGGUCAAGUUGACCCUGAGUUCCAGGCCAUACUGGACAUGGUUGAUCCCAACAGGGAUGGCCACGUGUCUCUGCAGGAGUACAUGGCGUUCAUGAUCAGCCGUGAAACAGAGAACGUGCAGUCGAGCUCUGAGGUGGAGCAGGCGUUCAGGGCCCUCACGUCCGGGGACAAGCCGUACAUCACCUCCCAGGAGCUCUAUGCCAACCUGACGAGGGAGCAGGCAGACUACUGUAUACAGCGUAUGAAACCUUUCAUAGACCGCACUGGACGCACCAUACCUGAUGCGUACGACUACGCAGAUUUUACUGCAAAUAUGUUUGUGAACUAGCAAACAUUGUGACACGAAAAAUGACUUUAUAAUAGGUUUAGGCAUUGUAUUCUCAUUUUAUUCAAAAUAUAAUGUUUAUACUGUGUUUUGUGGUAUGUAACCAUUGCUUUUUGUGAGUGUAGCAAAUGCUGUAUCUAGUAGCAUAUGGUGUAUUGGCAUUAAUUUAUGAACU